AAAAGGCCAAAACACACUCGCAGCCGGCCGAUAUUACCUUCUCAACGAGGUUUGGAGAGCAAGAGAGCGACAUUCGAAAGAUGGGUAGAAAGAAGGAAGUGGUGUUUGACGAACAACCGCCGGACUUCGAUCCGGCCAACCCCUACAAGGAUCCGGUGGCGAUGCUCGAAAUGCGCGAGCAUCUUGUGAGGGAGAAAUGGAUCGACAUCGAGACCUCCAAGAUAAUCCGUGAUAAGCUCAGAUGGUGCUACCGCAUUGAAGGUGUCAAUCACCUCCAGAAGUGUCGUCACCUUGUCGAGCAAUACCUUGAUUCAACUCGUGGUAUUGGAUGGGGUAAAGAUGGUCGUCAUCCAGAUCAGCACGGUCCUAAGGUUCAGAGCGUGGAGUGAUUUCUUUUUUAAGGUCAUUGGAUUGUAUUGUGGUAAUGCAUGUAGAAAUUGGAGAGAAGACAGAGAGCUUCCAUCACCAGUUUGGUUAAAAAAAAAAUUGUCCUUUUGUUUCAUGUUGAAGCUAAUGUUAAUGUUACGUACAUGUUUGACAUUCGUACCUGGUCAUUAUCUGGAUUUCUGGAUCCAAACUAUGGAUUUUGACUUUUGAGUGUAUUUGCUAAUAAAAAAUAAUUUCUUGAUCCA